AUGGGGGUGUUACUGUUGUACCUCUUGACUCCAUUCCAUCGUCUGGCUUUGCAAAUGCAAGACAUAUUAGGGGAUGGAGGAAUUCUCAAAGAGGUCGUCCAUGCAGGGGAAGGUCCACCCGUACCCAAGCAUGCUUCUGUAUCAAUUCAUUUCUCUGGUUUCCUUGAGUACUCUGACACACCUUUUGAGACAACCAGCCACCUUAAAUUUCCACGAAUGAUGAAGCUUGGUAGAGAUGUUACUUUGUAUGGCCUAGAGCUCGGCCUUCUUACAAUGAAGAAAGGUGAGUUCUCCCGUUUUCUCUUCAAGCCCAAAUACGCCUAUGGGGACCUUGGGUGCCCCCCGCACAUACCUCCAUUAGCCACGGUCCUCUAUGAGGUGCAAGUCCUCGACUUCCUGGACUCUGCACAAGUGGAUGAAUUCUUGGAUUUGAGUAUGGAUGAGCAGAACAGUGUUUCUCUGUCCACAUUUCUGAAUGUUCUGGACACACAGCGGAGUUUUGGCAACCUCUGCUUCAAUAAGAAGCGCUAUGAAGAUGCUCGAGAGAGAUACAAGCAGGCCAUGACACUUUUGCAAAAUCGUGAGCUGGUGGAUGAUGAAGAGAAGCAGCGUCUUGAGGAAAUGAAAUUGCCUUUCCUGCUCAACCUCUCACUCACGUACCUCAAACUGGAGAAACCCCAGAAGGCCCUUUGCUACGGUCAGAAAGUGUUGGACAUCAGCCCUCAGAACACUAAAGCUCGAUUCCGCUGUGCUCAGGCCUGUUUGGAGAUGAAUGACUAUGAGAAAGCACAAGAUUACCUUACACUCGCUCAGGCGAAAAAGCCAUUUGACCCUGACAUCAACACCUUGCUGAAAAAGCUUGCUUUCUGCUACAAGGACUAUUUGGACAAAGAGAGAGAGAUGUGCUCCAAGAUGUUCUCAGGUUUUAAGUGAACGGAAAAGUGA